AUGCUACUACUAUUAUCAUUAUUUUAUUUAUUUAAUCUGUCAUUUGCAUUUUCCAAAUUAUCACCAUUAGAAAUAGAUUUAGACCAAUGUUCAUUACCAACAAAAUUAAUUUCAUCAUCAUCAUCAAAUCAAAUAUGUAAAUAUAUUGAAAAAAAUUGUAAUACUAGUUAUUUUAAAAUUUCACAAAUUUUUUAUUGUAAAUAUAAUAAUUUAAUAUCAUUAAUAUUAAUAUCAUGUUUAAUAUUGAUUGUUUUAUGUUUAAUUUUAUUAUCAUUAAGUAUAUUAGUUUCAAAUUAUUUAUUUAAAAAUCUAAAUGAAUUAACUCAAAAAUUUGGUUUAAAUAAUCAAAUUUUAAGUUUCAUAUUGAUUCCCUUGACAAAUUCAUUUCCUGAUUUAAUUAAUUAUUUUAUUGUUUUAGAACUGGGGAAUUCAAAUUUAAUUAUUGGUCAAUUAAUGGGGAGUAUACUAAUAAUGUUUACUAUUAUAAUUGGAUUCAUAUCAAUUAUGAAUAAAAAUUAUAUCGUUGAACAACCUAAACUUUUGAUAAUAGAUUUAUCUUGGAUAUUGGUGGUGUUAAUUUUAUUUUCAUAUGUUUUAUCAGAUGGUAAAAUCACCAAAAUUGAGUGUCUUGUAAUGUCAAUUGUUUAUAUUUGUUAUAUCAUAUUCUUGAGUGUUUUUGAUAAAGAAAAAAUUAAAAAUUUCGAUGAAGAAUUGUUAAUUCAAUGUGAUGAUCAUGAACAUAUUUUAGAACAACCUUAUAAUAUUGAAGAUGCUUUGGACAUAAUAUCAAAUGAUGAAAGACAAUAUGGAUCUAUACAAAGUGUUUCAAGAACUCCCUCACCAAGAAACUCUCCAAGAUCUACUCCAUUAAAUUCAAGAUCUGCUUCACCUUUACCAACUCCAUUACCAACUAUUAUAUCAGUGAAAUCAAAUGAGAAUGAUUAUUUAUCUGUAAAUUAUAUACCAAAGGAUAAAUCACCUGUAACUACACCAUUUGUAUUAUCCAGAUCAUGUUCAUAUCAUCAACCGAAACCAAAACUACUUACUUUAAUUUUCCAAUACGUUUGUAAUUGCAUUGAUUUUGUGUUAAUAUUUUUGAUACCAUUUCAUAGAUGUAUUGAAAAUGAAGACUCAAAAUGGAAAUCACUGGUGAGGCAUAAUUCAUUAAUGAAAUUUUGGUAUUUUUUUGAGAUCCCAUUAUUAAUAAAUUAUCAAUUUUUCCAACUUAAUAUAAAUUAUGUAAUUUUGGGAUUAAUUGUAACUUUUCCAAUAGUAUUUACAUUUGAUUAUUUAAAACAUGAUCUUAAAAUUAUAUUUAUUUCAGUAUUAGGUAUUGUGACAAGUCUAAUUAUAAUUUCAAACAUUUCAAUUCAUAUUUUACAAAUUUUAAAAAAUUUAGGAUUAAUUUGGAAAAUUUCAGAUUAUAUAUUAGGAUUAUUAGUUUUUUCAAUAAGUAAUUCCAUUAAUGAUGUUAUUACGAAUAUAACAUUAGCAACAAAGAUUAAUCCAAUAUUAGGUAUAAAUUCAUGUUUAGGUACACCUUUAUUGAUCAUUUUAUUAGGAAUUGGUUUCAAUGGGUACGUUGUUAUACAACAAACUGGUAAAUCUAUAAAAUUUGAUUUAAAUUCAAGUGUUAUAUUAAGUACAACAUCUUUAAUAAUUACUAUAGUUUUUAUUUUAAUUUAUUUACCUUCAAAUCAUUGGAAUUUUGAUAGGAAAUUGGGGAUUGGGUUAAUUGGUUGGUAUUUUUUAAUUGCUUUUAUUAAUUUAUAUUUAGAAUAA